UAUUUUGAGGUUAUGUGUCAGUACGAAAUAUUUCCUUAACGCAGCGUGUUAUUGUUCUGUACUGAAUAUUGAAAUAAUAAUUAUUUAGGUCUUCAUAUCUGCUCUCAUAAUAUGAUGGCUGUGAAUUCUCUUGCGGGGCAACCAUCCUUAUAUGCGAAAAUCUUGGGGAUGUUUCCACAGAACCUGUCGUUCGCAUUUGCUUAUGGUUCAGGCGUUAUGAAGCAAAGUGGAGCCAGUCGCAAGUCAAAAAAUAUGAUUGAUCUUAUUUUUGCUGUGGAUAGUUCAUCCCUUUGGCAUGCAGAAAAUAUACGAAGAAACCCGAAACAUUAUUCUCAUUUAAAGUGGUUCGGACACAAUUUUGUCGCGAAUUUCCAAGAACACUGGGGAGCUAGGGUGUAUUUCAAUACUUUAGUGCCAGUAGAAGGUGAAGAUGCAGUGAUAAAGUAUGGUAUUAUAUCUCGUCAAGCAAUGGAAGCUGACUUGUUGGACUGGUGUGAUUUGUAUGUUGCAGGACGCCUCCAUAAGCCAGUUGUAAUACUAAAACAAGCUACAAACUCCCAUUUGCGCUCAGCAUUGCAUCAAAAUCUGUACAGUGCUGUCCACGCUGCUUUACUCAUUCUUCCAGAAACGUUUACGGAAACUGAUUUUUAUCGGUGUAUUGCUGGAUUGUCGUAUUCUGGUGACUUUCGUAUGACAUUUGGGGAAGACAAGAAUAAAGUUGUCAACAUAGUUGCCCCGCAAGUGGAAGCUUUCAGGAGUCUUUAUGCACCUGUUGUAAAAUCCCUUCAAGAUUACAUGCACAUGCCAGUUCUAAUGGGUGAAGGCGAAUGCUGUUGCCAGGAUAUUAGCCCAAGUGCCCGAAUGUAUCAUCUUAAUCAGCUUCCCAGAACGCCCCAAAGAGCAGUAGUGAGAUUUUGGAAUACUAGGGGUACACGCCGCCUUCGUCAAGAUACCGAAGAUACUUUAAGAGCCAUUUCUCAUGACCCUGAAUGUGGGAACGUAGUAGAAACAUGCAUACGGAACAUUGUAUGGAAUUCCAGUGUAAAACAAAGUGUAAAGGGCAUUGCUACAGCAGGUCUAAUAAAAUCCAUCGUUUACAGUUGGAAAAAAAUUAAAAAGAUGUUGAAGGCAAGUUCUUGGAAGUCUAAGGAUUAAAGAUUAACGAUUGUCAAAUAUGUCGUACUUUGUUAACAAGGGCUGUAGGCAGUAUAAUUGUUACGUACAAGUUAAAGUGCUUGUAGUAUUUUCAAAUUGUAUUAUGAAUUCAAGCCUAAACAUUAA